AUGUCUGACGUCGGCCGCAAGGAUUUCACUACCAAGGCUAAGGAGUCACUCACUCCCGAAUCCACCAAGUCCACCCAGGACAAGAUCUACGAGGCUGCUACCGAUACCACCGAUCGCAUUGCCCGCGGCUUGCAGACCGAUGAAAGCAAGGGUACUGGCCAGGAGGUCUUUGACAAGGCCCAGCGCGCUAGCGACAACCACGUCCACGACGGUGCCGCCGGUUCCAUCGGUGACAAGGUCAAGAACGCUCUCGGUCUCGGCAAUUAG